AUGCUUGGUUUAUGUAAAUCAUUACUAAAUAAUCCAUUAUUUUCGGUCACCAAUAAAUUAUGUUACAAUAGACUCAACCAAUUCUCUACUUCUAGUUCAUUACUAGCUACAAUCAAUCAGUUAAAGAGAACAGGAAUUUUCAAGAAAAGUCAAUUAAAGACAUCUUCUAAAAAAUCAAAAAGUCCAGAUUUAGAAAAUUGCCCACAGAGGCGUGGUGUGGUCACAAAAGUUAUGAUAUUGAAACCUAAGAAACCAAAUAGUGCACAACGUAAAGUUUGUAGAGUAAGAUUGUCUAAUGGUCGAAACAUUAGUGCAUACAUUCCUGGAGAAGGUCACAAUGCUACUGAACACAGUAUUGUUUAUGUUAGAGGCGGCAGAGUACAAGAUUUACCUGGUGUUAAAUAUCACUUGAUUAGAGGUCGUGGUGAUUUAUCUGGGGUACUAAAUAGAGUCUCUUCAAGAAGUAAAUAUGGUGUUAAAAAAAGUAACCAAGAUAGUAAGAAAUAA